ACAAGCACAGUCGCUUUCCGUUCGUUUCUUUCGUUGGAAGGCAAGCCGAGCCAAAGCCAGCGCCGCCGCCCCCACAAACCACUGCCUCGCCGCCGCCGAGACGCGGCGGGCUCCCCUCUCCCUUCCCAUGGGCUGCGCAGGAUCCACCCCGGCCACCAAGGAAACCGGAGGAAGCAGCGACAGUACUAAGAAAGUCAGGAAGCCCAAGCCCUGGAAGCAUCCCCAACCCAUAACAGUGGCCCAGCUCAGGCAGAUGCGCGACGAGUUUUGGGACACAGCUCCUCACUAUGGUGGUCAGAAAGAAAUUUGGGAUGCCCUUCGAGUUGCAUCAGAAUCUGAGGUAUCCCAUGCCCAGGCUAUUGUGGAAAGUGCAGGCAUAAUCGUUUCUAAUGCUGAUCUGACUCUCUGCUAUGAUGAAAGGGGUGCCAAGUAUGAACUGCCCAAGUAUGUUUUGAGUGAACCAACCAACCUUAUCCGAGACAGCUGAAGAGCAGCCGUAGAAAGACCUAGUGAUGUAAAAAACUGUAAAUGACUUCAGAUGCUAAAUCAAUCCCUGCUUGAGUGUCCUGGUAACUGGAGCAUGCUUGAUGCAGAUUUCAAGCUUGCUUUGGUAACUUUGAGAAAAAGGCUUUUCUGUUGUUAGUAGCAUACGGUGUUCUCUCCAACUUCUUCUGGUGUUUGGAUAAAGUUUUUCAUACCCUCCCCUCCGUGGUGUUGGUCCUACUGUAAACAUGAGUCUGCUUAGAAAUAUUUGCAAUGAGUUAGAAUGCUGCUUUAAAUCGUUCCCAUUGGUUAUCAUGAUACAAGUUGGAGUAAGGUAUACAUUUGAGAA